UUCUAUUUUAUUUUACAAACUCAUGCCCAAACGGAAUUUAAUAAUGUAAUGAUGAAAGUAGCAGACUAUAUCGUGUAUCUCUCGGAUGAUGAUAAUACCUCAGAGAUUGCCGAAAGCCACAGGACAAACAAGAAUGUAAAAACAGGAAAUUCAUGUGUUAUGGAAACAAUAAUUGACGUAGAUCAGCUACCUUCGCCACAAAAAAGCAUUCAGUCUAAUAACAACAUAAUUGACUUAUGCAAUGGUGGAAAUAAAAAUAAUGAGGAGCAGUCUGAAACAAUUAAUUGUCUUUCAAGACUUUUUGAAGAUAAUGCUUUGCUUGCAGAAUUUGUAGAGAAAUGUUUAAAUUUAGAACACUCUGAAGGAAUGUCACGUAUAAUUAAUAACACACUGAUGAGAAUUUAUAAUGAAAUGGAGCAAGACUACAAAUAUUCAAGAGAUUUCCAAAGAAUAUUAUUAAAAGCAACAAGAUAUAUAGAAUGUGAUCCAGAUCACAAAUUCUCACAUUUGAAGAAUUUAUGUGAAAGUAUGAAACAGCAUAAAGCUAAAAAGCGGGUGAAUUUAGUUACUUUAGAUGUGAAAAAAGGAAGUGUCAAAAGGCAUUCCAGUGAAUUUGGUGAUACUCAAUCAAAAAAACAAAAAGUUAACAUCAUAAUUGAUUCAGAUGAUGAAAAAGACAUACCUGUUAUCAGCUUGGAUGAUGAUCACAAUCAAAACGAUUUGAUCGAUUUGGAUGAAACACAAAAUUGUGAGGAAAAAGAGAACCUAGACGACCAUAACAGUAAAUCUGAUAACUUAUUAGAACCACUAUUUGAGGUAUAUAGGGAUCCUGACAUUGUUAACAAUCUAGAACCUGCAUUAUCUCCAAAUCAACCACACGGCCCAUCAGAAGAUAAACAAGUCAAAAUAAAGGAACUUGAAAACAAAAUUGCACUCUGUAAAAGACUGAUUACAAUGUAUGAUGAAGAGGAGGUCGAUUUGGAUUCUACUUCAUCAUCUUAUAUUAAGAGUGAAAAUUUUAAAAAAGAAGUAGUUAGUCUCUACGAAGAACUUUGUGAACUAACUGGACAUUCACCAGUCAAACGCCGCAAGGUCAGGCUGGAGGUACUUGAAGGUCAUCCGACAGGGCCCGUGAAGAAAUUGGAGAAGUUCCUCAAUGGCACUAGGAAAGACGGAAACCCGCCGUUCCCUGACUUUAAUGAUGUCAUUAAAUGUGUUACUGAUGCCAUUGCGGAGUCUGGUCUGAAUUGGACUAGACAAGAAGUUCUGAAGGAAGCAUCAGCCCUGUUCAUCUACUGUGGAAGAGAGUUGCAGCGCCAGCGGCAACAGCGGGAGUACAAAUACCUUCUCAAACGCAUAAACCUAGAGCACCACGAUCCGGCGGAUGACGAUCUCGAACUCCGUGCUCAGUUGGACGCUAAUAGACUCAUCGCCGAGAAAAAGGAGAAUGAUAUACUAGAAAGGUAUGCAAUGAUGGAAAGUUUACCUACGAGAAAACCGACACCUAGCUGUCCACGGGAACUAAAUGGUCCAAUACAGACUAUUGCUAAUUCCAACACACAGUCAGAAACCGAAGAUGAUCGUGAUACAGAUUCAGACGCUGGAGAUAUAGAGGGGGACACGAGUAACGGAAAUACUUUAGGAAACCAUAUACCGUUGGAAGUCCUAAUUGACACUGCAGCAGUAGCAGAAAUUACUGCAAAAAAUGAAACAGUAGUAAGUGCGGAAAAUCAAAAUGCAAAUAAUGAACAUGAAACCAAAAGAGAACUAACCAAGCCAUUGGAAAUAACUUCUAAUGCCGAAUCAAUAAAUAAUGAUAAUAGUAUACAUAGUAACAUUGCUGCAAAUAAUAAUCUUCAAGUAGAUGUUCCAGUAGAAGAUAUAGAAACAGAAAAUACAGGGUCAACAGAUGGAAUCGUUGCUAAUGAAGACGAGGCAGGCGGCCUAAGAAAAGAAUUCGAAAUAGAUACAAAAUCAGAACUAACUGGACAAAUACAACUUAAAUCAGAAAUCAUAAUAAAAAAGGAACCCGAGGAAUAUAUAGUAAAGAAACUAGAAAAUCUUGGCGAGGAUUUUACAGUAUCAGUUUUAGAUAUCGAAGAUCCAUUCGUUAGUAUCGAAAUUUCAGAUAGUUCGGAUGAUGAAGACGAAUGGGAUUAAAUUAUAUUGAAUUGUUGUACAGUUAGCGUCAAAAUGACCUGAGUGUUUAAAAAUAUUUGGACAUAUUUUUAUACAAUUGACAAUAUUAAUUUUAAGCCUUUCAGUUAUUAGAAUAAGGUUGAUGUUAUGAACAUUUUUAAAGAUUACGUCAAUUUGACGCAGACUGCUACUGUACAGUAUGUAUUAUUGAAAUUUGAAUAGAAAAUCGUUGGUUUAUUUUUGAUUUUGUUAACUAUUUUGAGUUGAAUCAAAAAUACAAUAAUGAUAACAUGAUAACGAAUACCUGGUCAAGUGUACUUAGUAUUUCAGAUGUCAUUCUAUUUUCCUAAAUAGCAUCGAAACCCAGUUUUGGUCAAAACUUGGUUUCCUCAAACAUUUUAUAGCUUUUAAGUAGGUCAAAAUUACACCCCAAUUCCAUGCGAGUGUAGUCCGCCUUGAAGUAAUAUCAUGUUGAGUAGUUUUCUACCAAGCCGCAUGAACUUGUUUAUAUUAUAUU